CAUGUAGAGAGAGUGAUAAGGACCAUUCUCUUCAGUCAGAUGUUUUGUGUGUAAUUUUGUGUAACUUGCUUCUUCAAGCUCCUUCAUGCGCCAAUGCAUCACCAUAUAGGCUUUCUUCCAAACAGCCACUCAGAUAAAACAGCACACCUGUUGUCUGUCUUGCUUGAACAAUGCACUGCUCUGUAUGCUAGAGAGUUAAGGUACCUUUAGCCGAAGCUUACACUGGGAAGAAGCCUCAAGCCAGCUGGCAUAUGCAUCAAACACAGGCCUGCUUAAUGAUCCGUAGCCAGUGCCCAGGCAUCGAGCCCUGCCCAGGCGUGUCUGGGUGUGCUUCCCUCAUCAUAUGACUUUAAUGAGUUUAUGCUUUCACUAUAAUUAAGGUCAGGUCUAAAAGGAACUUGACCCUAAUUAUAGUGAAAGCUUAUUCUGACAUACUGAGCCCCUAAUGUGCUGCUAAACCACAGGUGAACCAAACACACCCACGAUUUUUCUCUCUCUUGCAAAACAUACAAAAAGGCCCAACAGUUGCUGUUCAUUGGUUUGGAGAUUGUUAUAUCCUCUUGGAUGUUGAUUCGUUUAUCCAAAAAUGUUUGAUAUUUUUAGCAUAUUGGUCAGGUGUAGGCUGGAGCAGGAUGGAGUUGUGAAUGGCACAGGUUGGACAGGAAGUUAGGCUCUCAGCACUAUUUCCCCUAGUCUAUUUUAUGACUCAGAACAGGAACAUGCAAACAGAUUUCCUGUAGAUAUAAUCCCUAGAUUUCACUUCUCUGACUCUGAAAUAAAUAUCCAACCUCGAUAGCUUGAUAAAGCCCAAAUCCCCUUACUAUCCAUUAUCCUUACAUAAUACAGGUGGACCUGUAAAUAAGUGAAUGUGUUUCUUUAGUAUCCCCAGGAGAAUGAAUGAAUGAAUGAAUGAAUGAAUAUUUGCCUUGGGUGAUGCACUGAAUUCCGGCUGGCUGCAGAUCUGUGAUGUCCGUUUGGAGAGAGCGGAAGGGGAAUAGGCUAAUAAUAACUACUGUGGUGCACAGCCUUCUGAGAUGUCUGUUCGUCCUUUCAGGAAUCUACUUUCACUCAAGGUUGCAAUCAAGUCCAUCCGUAAGGAGAAGAUCAAAGACGAACAGGACAUGGUUCACAUCCGCAGAGAGAUCGAGAUCAUGUCUUCCCUACGCCAUCCACACAUUAUAUCUAUAUAUGAAGUGUUCGAGAAUAAAGACAAGAUUGUCAUCGUGAUGGAGUAUGCCAGCAAAGGGGAGCUGUACGAUUACAUCAGCGAGCGACGUAAACUCAGCGAGAGAGAGACGAGACACUUCUUCAGGCAGAUUGUCUCAGCUGUACAUCACUGUCACAAGAAAGGAGUGGUGCACCGGGAUCUAAAACUUGAAAAUGUGCUGCUAGAUGACAAUUACAAUAUAAAGAUUGCAGAUUUUGGGUUAUCCAACCUUUACCACAAAGACAAGCUUCUGCAGACCUUCUGCGGCAGUCCUCUCUACGCUUCACCUGAAAUUGUAAAUGGAAGGCCAUAUCGAGGCCCAGAGGUCGACAGCUGGGCUCUUGGUGUGUUGCUGUACACUCUGGUGUAUGGCACAAUGCCUUUCGAUGGGGGAGAUCACAAAAGGCUCAUACGCCAAAUCAGCAAAGGGGAGUACAGGGAACCGCCCCAGUCAUCAGAUGCUCGUGGCCUGAUUCGUUGGAUGCUGAUGGUAAACCCAGAUCGCCGGGCCACUGUAGAGGAUAUUGCCAACCACUGGUGGGUGAACUGGGGCUGGAAGACCAGUGUGUGUGACUGCCAGACUCAGCAAGGGAACAGCUCACCCAUGCUUGCCCGCUUUAUUGACUGGCAGAGUCGCACUGAGACUCAGCCAAGCAAACUGGCUUGCCCCGAUUCAGGUGUCAACACCAGUGGGACCAUUUCAACCCGUCGACUCAGGAGGUCCUCAAAGGAAAAUGAGGGUGGAAUUAGGGCAGUUCUAGAAGAGAAGCCAGCCAUGAAGAGGCCCAAAAGUAUCCUAAAAACACGGGCAAGCACUGGAGAUCAGCGGUCUCAGAGCUUGUGUGAGGCUGAGUUGCGGCGCUCAAUCUGCUACAGGGAAGUUGAGCCCACCUCGAGUCCUGAGAGAGAGGAAGCAGCAGGUGGCUCACCAGCCAAAAUGAUGCCUUCUCUUCCCAUGAAAGGCAUCCUGAAAAACAACCAUCAGCGCGAGUCUGGCUAUUAUUCCUCUCCAGAGCGCAGCGAGUCCUCCGAGCUGCUAGAGAGCACCGUGGCUCCUCCACCCAAUGGCUCACCACCUAAAAGGGUGCCAGGGAGGAAGGGCAUAUUGAAGAGGAACGGGAAAUACUCAUCUCAUGUGACACCCACGCUGGACUCAAACCUACCACAGAGUCAGAGUCGAACCUCAACCAUCCUGAGGGAGGAGAUAGGCAUCCCGAGUAUAGCAGUGGAUUGGCCGCCUGCUUCUCCCAAACCCAACAUCAGAGGCAGCCUCUCAGCCGAGGAUCUACUGCAGAUGGCAGGAUUUAGGGGACUGCAAACAGCAACACCCCUCCAUGGCUCAAAGAACACCCGCAGCCCACCAGGAUCUCCUGGGGACAAUGGAAGCUUCUCCCUACUAGGGGAUCUGGAUGAUGUGACUCAAGUGUAUCAGCAGGCCCUGAACAUCAGCAACCGUCUCAGUUAGAAAGGGAGUGAGAAAGUGAGUGUUGAAAGGUUACAGCAAAGUGACUGGAUCAGUCAGGAACAAUCAAUCAUGUAUUCAAUCAUUGACCUUGAACUGCAUUAUGUUUACAUGCUACAAGAAGGGAAAUCUGAAGCUGUGGAACUUAACAUGUCAUCAUGCUGAUGGUUCUGGUUUAUCAAAGAAGAAUGAGGCAAGCACCUUACUGACACAUUGUCCUCCACAAAACAUUACAAACCUGACUGCUUACUACUGACGUACGGCACAGUCCACCGUUAAGAAUAUUAGAAUCAUUUAUUUAUAAAUAUUUUGAGCAUAUGAAUCUGCAUGGCCACAAAAAGUCAUUAUUGUUUAUAUAUUAUACAACCGCAAGGUCCAAGUCUAGACUGUCAAUGCUACAGUAUGUUAGCUUGACUUAACAUUAGGCGCAUAUUGGGGUCAGAGGUCACAUCAGCACUAGAUGAGAAUGUCACAGUGACUCUCACAUACACACUGCUGUUUGCAGUCUGAGCCAUUUAAACAUGUGGCGUGACACAGUGGUGGUACUGGGUGUAACCUGCGGAGUAAAUCCAGUACAGGAACACCCUGCACUUCAACAACAGCCGCUAUUGAAAAGAGAGGAAUAGGCUAGACUAUUCCUGUUUAAUAUCAGUGUGUCAAAAUGCUGUUCAUUCCAAACGUGACAGGUCAUGAAAACAAACUUUUACAAAAUAUACAAUAAAUGCCUUGUAAAAAGGAUCAGGUUCAAGACUGUACAGUUAGACCUAACUAAACAAUAGAUGCUUUUGAGUAUUGUGAAAAUGCAGCGUUUUUCUGUUUAUCAUACAAUGGAAUACUACCUUUAACUGGAUCCACAGUGCUAAAUGUUAUACUAUGUUAGUAUUUUUUUGUUGUUGUUGUUGUUUUUCUUUGAUACAUUGAUACAUUUUGCUUUCAGGUUUGAUUAUGCAAAUGGAUGAGUGUGUGUUGGCUUAAUUUCAAUGCAGUGGAAUUUUAACGACUAGACAAAUGUGCUUUAUAUGUAACAGGCUGCAGAACCGAGUGCGUGAUCUGCCUAUAUAUAAACCAAGAAACGGAAAACACAAUGAUGCUAUGCUUCUAUACUGUAACUGCCAAACUGGAAGAAAAAAAACACAAACAAACUGGUGUUAGCACCUAUUUAUCAUUUAGGGUAAUUUUCGUAUUGCAGUAUUUAACUGGAUGUUGUGUAUUUAUACGUAUUUAAAUGUACUGUUAUUUAAUCUUUCAUGUAUUAUAUUAUUGUACAUUAUUCCCAUUCCCAUUGUUUUUGCAAAAUGUACUUGUUAACUUUGUCUUGUUGUGUGCCUUCAUUGACCAGAAGAUUGUCAUUAUAAUAAAUAUCCACAUUUUGAAUAUGG